AUGGGUCACGCGGCGUUUCAGCUCGUUCGCGCCAUAACCCUAACGGACACCACUGGUAGCUCUCGCUCUUCUCCCGCUCCCCCGAGUACCGCUCUCAGCCGCUUCCUCGGUCCCGCCGCGACGGCGACGGCGUCGCCGAGUCGCAUUCUCUGCUGCACCCAAUGGCGCUCCUCCAUUCUCAUUGGCUGCAGCGACGGCGCGCUGUUAGAGUACCGCCCGGCAGGAUCAUCAGCGGCGACGGACCAAUCAGCGGCUUCCGCGCCGCGUGUCGCGGCCGGCAACGGUGGCUAUUCGCUGUUCGCACGGAGGGACGGUUUCGCGCCAUCCGCCAUCCUGCGACUCGAAGUCGCCGCGCUACCGACAUCUGCUGCUGCUGAUAGUUCCGCCACCCCCGCCGCUUCCGCCGCAUCCGCCGCGUCCGGGGCGGCGGGCGUGCUGAUCGCGCUGGCGGACUGCGUGAGGCUGGCAGCGCUGCCGACGCUGGAGCCGCUGACGUGUCUCCCGCGCACAGCUGGCGCCACGUCAUUGGCGUGGGACGCGGAGGGCGGCGUGCUGUGCGUGGCGAUCAAGAGGAGAGUGCUCGUGCUGCGGUUUGACGGCCGUUCAACCUUCAAGGAGGAACGAGAAUUCACCUGUCCAGACGCCCCUCGCCUGCUCGCCCUGCCCUCGCCCACCACCCUCUGUGCCGCCACGCCCACCAAGUACCUUCUGCACCACAUCCCACCGCCCGGCACCGCUGGCAGCGGCGGCUCGUGGCGGGACAUGCUGCCGUGCGGGCAGGUGGCGCCGCCUAGUGUUGUGAAACUGCCGCGAGGGGAGAUGCUAGUCGGCAAGGACAGCAUAGGGCUCUUUCUUGACGCCUCUGGUCGCCCUCUGCGCUCCCACGGCAUCAACUGGUCGCGCCCGCCCUCCCACGUGGCUGUCAUGCCGCCCUACGCCCUCGCCAAGCUGCCCAACUACAUUGAG